AAUUAGUAAAAGGACAUUCCACACGCGAAACUUGAUUUACAUUUUGUACUGCUGCUUAAUUCAACGAUUUGUUUGCAUUACAACAGCUGUAAUACUAUCGAUAGCUUAUAUAGUCCCGAUAGAAUUUGUGCAUUCAGUAAUUUUCCUUCAUAUGACGCAGCUGCCAAAGCUUCCUGCGGGAUUUUUAUAAUCAAGAGCAGAUUUUGUGACACACGUUCAAGAUGUCUCACGGCGGCUACACUCAACUGCCCAGCGGCAGCAACAACAGAGAUCAUGACCAGCAACAACAUUUAGUCGUGGACACAUAUAGGGUCCUCCACAAUAUGAAGAACAGUCUGGACCGUUCUAAUCAAAUUGCAAGUGAAACGGAGCAAAUAGGUACAGAGGUGCUUUCCGAUUUGGGAACUCAGCGGGAGUCAUUAUUACGCACUACAGACCGGCUGGAAAAUAUAGAUCAUGAAAUGUCGGAAGCUCAAAGAACUAUACGUAAAUUGAGCCGCAGUGUGCUUCAUAACAAAAUUGUUUUAAUAUUGAUUAUAGUGAUAGAGGUGUUAAUACUUAUUGGCGCAUCAAUUUUAAAAUUUACUAAAUUUUGAAAUUGUCAAAAUUAUAAUUUGGCUUUAAAAAUAAACAAUCUUCCAUUAAUUCGUAUGAAAA